UGUUCAGUAACAGGUGCUAAUAGUUAUUCAUUUAUAUUGCCCUAUUUUUUAUAAAACAUUUCUUUGUAAUUUCAGUCUUACAAGAUUAUCAAUUUUGCCCCCAGUUUACUUCGGAUUAUAGUCUCUGAUCACGUGGAAUUUCCAGUACGCCAGGCAGCUGCCAUUUACUUGAAGAAUAUGGUGACACAGUACUGGCCGGACCGGGAACCUCCACCGGGAGAAGCAAUAUUUCCAUUCAACAUUCAUGAAAACGAUCGCCAGCAAAUACGUGAUAAUAUUGUGGAAGGAAUAAUUCGAUCUCCAGAUCUAGUGAGAGUCCAGUUAACAAUGUGUCUCCGUGCCAUCAUUAAAUACGAUUUCCCUGGUCACUGGCCAGCGGUAGUGGACAAGAUAGACUAUUACUUGCAGUCACAGAGCAGUGGAAGCUGGCUUGGCAGUUUAUUAUGUCUGUAUCAACUGGUGAAGACAUAUGAAUAUAAGAAAGCAGAGGAAAGAGAACCUCUUAUAGCAGCAAUGCAAAUAUUUCUGCCUCGUAUUCAGCAACAAAUCAUGCAGCUUCUUCCUGAUUCCUCACAUUAUUCUGUAUUACUACAGAAACAGAUUCUGAAAAUCUUCUAUGCACUUGUUCAGUACGCAUUGCCUCUUCAGCUGGUCAAUAACCAGACCAUGACAGCAUGGAUGGAGAUCUUCCGAACUAUUAUUGACAGAACUGUUCCUCCUGAGACUCUACAAAUUGAUGAGGACGACAGACCUGAGCUGGUCUGGUGGAAGUGUAAGAAGUGGGCGCUACACAUUGUAGCUCGUCUCUUUGAGCGAUAUGGAAGCCCAGGAAAUGUCACAAAAGAAUACUUUGAAUUUUCUGAAUUCUUUUUGAAAACUUACGCGGUGGGAAUUCAGCAGGUACUGCUAAAGAUUUUAGACCAAUUUAGGCAGAAAGAGUAUGUAGCUCCCCGUGUGCUUCAGCAAGCAUUUAACUAUCUCAACCAAGGGAUUGUUCACUCUGUGACCUGGAAGCAGAUGAAGCCUCACAUACAGAAUAUCUCUGAAGAUGUGAUAUUUUCUGUGAUGUGCUACAAAGAUGAGGACGAAGAGCUGUGGCAGGAGGACCCGUACGAGUAUAUACGGAUGAAAUUUGAUAUUUUCGAAGAUUAUGCUUCUCCCACCACAGCAGCCCAGACUCUCUUAUACACGGCUGCAAAGAAAAGAAAAGAGGUGUUGCCAAAAAUGAUGGCAUUCUGUUACCAAAUCCUGACAGACCCGAACUUUGACCCUAGGAAGAAAGAUGGAGCCCUGCAUGUGAUUGGUUCCCUCGCUGAUAUUUUAUUGAAGAAGAGUUUAUUCAAGGACCAAAUGGAGCUGUUGCUGCAGAACCAUGUGUUUCCAUUGUUACUGUCUAACCUGGGAUACCUUCGAGCUAGAUCCUGCUGGGUACUUCAUGCAUUCAGUUCUUUGAAAUUUCAUAAUGAGCUCAACCUAAGAAAUGCGGUUGACCUGGCGAAGAAGAGCCUGAUUGAAGAUAAGGAGAUGCCCGUCAAGGUUGAAGCUGCCCUUGCUCUUCAGUCAUUAAUUUCUAACCAGGCACAAGCCAAGGAAUAUAUGAAACCACACGUGAGGCCUAUUAUGCAGGAGCUGUUGCACAUUGUUAGAGAGACAGAGAAUGACGAUGUCACUAAUGUCAUCCAGAAGAUGAUAUGUGAAUACAGUCAAGAGGUCGCCUCCAUUGCUGUUGACAUGACUCAGCACUUGGCUGAGAUAUUUGGCAAAGUUCUUCAAAGUGACGAGUAUGAGGAAGUCGAAGACAAAACAGUGAUGGCUAUGGGAAUUCUGCACACCAUUGACACCAUCCUGACCGUCGUAGAAGAUCAUAAAGAGGUGACUCAGCAGUUGGAGAAUAUCUGUCUGCGGAUCAUUGAUCUUGUUUUACAGAAACACGUAAUUGAAUUCUAUGAAGAAAUUCUUUCACUGGCAUAUAGUCUAACCUGCCGUGUUAUUUCCCCUCAAAUGUGGCAGCUUCUAGGUAUAUUAUAUGAGGUUUUUCAACAGGAUUGUUUUGAAUACUUUACAGACAUGAUGCCUCUUCUGCAUAAUUAUGUGACAAUAGAUACAAAUACUUUACUAUCAAAUCCAAAGCAUUUAGAAAUACUUUUUACAAUGUGUAGAAAGGUACUAUGUGGAGAUGCAGGAGAAGAUGCAGAAUGCCAUGCCGCCAAACUUCUUGAAGUAAUCAUUCUUCAGUGCAAAGGAAGGGGAAUUGAUCAGUGCAUUCCUCUCUUUGUGCAACUUGUUUUGGAGAGAUUAACCCGAGGGGUCAAGACCAGUGAGCUUCGUACCAUGUGUCUUCAAGUUGCGAUCGCUGCCUUGUACUACAAGCCCGACUUGUUGCUACACACUUUAGAACGAAUUCAGUUGCCUCACAACCCUGGACCUGUAACUGUACAAUUUAUAAAUCAGUGGAUGAAUGAUACAGAUUGUUUUCUUGGGCAUCAUGACCGGAAGAUGUGUAUAAUAGGACUGAGUAUCCUUUUGGAAUUGCAGAAUCGACCUCCUGCAGUGGAUGCUGUGGUGGGACAGAUUGUACCCUCAAUUCUUUUCCUUUUCCUUGGCCUAAAGCAGGUCUGUGCUACCAGACAACUGGUAAACCGGGAAGACCGCUCAAAAGCAGAGAAAACUGAUAUGGAGGAAAACGAGGAGAUUUCAAGUGAUGAAGAGGAGACGAAUGUAACUGCUCAAGCAAUGCAGUCAAAUAAUGGAAGAGGUGAAGAUGAGGAGGAAGAUGAUGAUGACUGGGAUGAAGAGGUGUUGGAAGAAACUGCCCUUGAGGGAUUCAGCACUCCACUGGACCUUGACAACAGUGUGGAUGAAUAUCAGUUUUUUACACAAGCUCUCCUAACUGUGCAGAAUCGAGAUGCUGCCUGGUACCAACUGCUGAUGGCGCCGCUCAGUGAGGAUCAGAGGAGGGCGCUGCAGGAGGUGUACACCCUGGCCGAGCACCGGAGGACGGUGGCAGAGGCGAAAAAGAAGAUUGAACAACAGGGCGGCUUUACCUUUGAAAACAAAGGAGUCCUCUCGGCAUUUAACUUUGGGACUAUGCCCACUGACAACUGAAAGACGGACCAUCAGCGGACCACAUGCCAUCGCUACAUUGUACUUCAGCCCCGAGGGGAGGCUCCAGGGGAGGCAGCGAGGGGCUGCUUUUUGCCCCGUCUACCGCUGCCUGGCAUCCGGCAGCACCUUCGGCCACCCCUGCUUCCCCUUGGACCUUUCUCACCCUGAAAUACGUAUUUUAAGCAGCUACUGUAAGGUAUGAAAUUAAAAACAAAAUCAUUGGACUGAAAAGGACAGACCGUAUGUUCCAAAGGAUGAACGACCACGGUGGUUUUAGAGGAUUGGGUGGACUCGCACGUCUCAGGUUUUGCCAUGCAGAAUCAAUGGAUUUAUGCGGAUAACAGUGCCUUCUGUUGUACAUGAAUUAUCUGAAAAAAAAUUUUUUUGGAGUGCAUUGCAAUUUUUUUUAAAGCAUAAAGCAUAUUUCUAGAUAUAAUGUAAACCUUGGCUGUAUGUUGACCUCUGCAUUUUACUGUGUGAAUUUACUGUUAGGCAGUUAGCUAUGAGUCAGUCUGGUUUCAGAAUCAUCACUGCUCCCCUUCCCCCCCUGCUGCUGGGGGCUUUCUUCAGGGGUUGUACGGUAUGCACUGGCUAUAGUUUUCCAUGAGAUGUUUUUUCCUAACGAUGUGGCUUUCCUAAGAAGUGUCUUACUCUCUCUUUUCCAUCAUGUCUCUCAAUCCUGAAAAGGGGUGGUAUUUCUUUGGGAAUCAACUUAUAUAUGAGUAUCAAUUUCAUUCAUAACCUGCUAAGGUCAGGGCUCAAACAAUUUCUCGCAGCAAGUGGCAGGGACUCUAGUCACUGAAACUAACAGUAGGUCUGAGUAUAUUCUGAAUCAUGUACUUAAUUAUGCAAUGAAUUGAUAAUUACACUAAAGCACAUUGAACUUUGAAGAGAAAGGGGCUACGUAAGCUCGCUGUCUUUCUGGAUGGGGGCUUGCAUUUUCAAUAACUUAGCAUUCCAGCUGUGUUGGACCUGGGUCCAAAACAUUUUCUAACAACUUUUUUUUUAAAUCUAGGAAGAAGACCCAAAUGAAUCUAACUUCUUGCUUUCUCACACAUCUGAAUGUUCUCCUUUCUGAUUUGUUCUAGUUUUUAUUACAGCUCAGUUUGACCUCAUAUUUCUCAAGGGUUGGGGAUAUUGGUCAGCUGCACUCUUAUGUAAUAUUGAUGCAAUGCGGCCAACGGGAAAUACUGCCGAUGGAGGUUACAGCUGUUUUUCUGAACUGAUUCUACACCAGAACAUGGGUCCGAGUGUUUUCAUUCAGUCAAGUGAAAGUGUAUUUUCAGGACUUAAUAUAUUACUGGAUGUGAUAUAGUUGUCCAUGUUCGUGAAGUGUUUGCAGCUUAUAUAUUCCAUCAGUGACUGGAGGAAUUCUCUCCAGGUGCUUUCUAUAUUACCAUCCCUUGUUAAUAUGAACUCUUUUUAGAAUUUUAGGUUAUUUAAGUAGUUUUUACAGAAUAGCCCAAGAAGCCAUGAGUUUCAGAGUUAAAUGGUCCCCCGCUUUCCUCUGUCCCUCUCUUCCCAAGGCAUUGAUGCUGAAUGUACCAGCUGGUGGUUAGAAGAGAAAGAUGGCAUUGGGGGAAAUUUUAGACAUUUUAAGCUUUGGAGCUCUUCUUAUUCUCAUGUCUCAAAUGGUUCGAUUUUAACAUGAGUAAUAUGCCUUCACACUGGAUUGUAAAAGGCAUGUGAUUUUAUUUUUGUGCUGUAUUGUCCUCUACAGUAUUAAAGGGAAAGAAGCAUUCAUGUGUAUCAUCCUAUCUUGUUUUCGAAGCCAGGGUGGUUGUGUAAUUUUGUUACCAGCAGUGCUAACCUGAAUGUGAUCUGAUUACCUUGGAAAUGCAGGAACUCACAUGAAUGUACUGUAAAAUAAAAUGCGGGCUGACUCCCAGGAUCCUGA